AUGACAGUCGUUUCCCAGGAUGAACUGGCAGAGUUGCCUACACCAGACAUGAUCACCCUCCUCUUCAAGUGCCACAAGUCCACGACCGCACUAUCUGUUUUACCGACCAGACCGUUCACGGAGAUCAAAGCCCUCUUGCUUGCAGCCCUUGAGUCACGGAAUCUUAAAACACUGCCCAACGCUAGCGCGCCUCUCCCAGAAGACCCAGAAGAGUUGGAAUUCGGUGUGCUAGCAGACAAGAAGGACCCGAGUAAAGGUUGGAUUCCUCUGGACAUCAAGGAGCAAGACAUCACCGGUCCUAAGCCCACCAAAAAGAAAGUGGGCGGAAAGCAAACCGUUCUCAACCAGAGCCCGCUUGGGGCUGGUCUGAGCGAUGGGGCCUGGAUCGCAUAUCGACUGAAAGUGAAGCAGAAAGAACCACAAGUGGAAGACGAAGAUCACGAGAGUGGCACUCCAGACGUCGAGAUCGACGAGGACCCUGGAUUCGAUGUGAUACUUCCAAGUUUUGAAGACGAGGCUGAGUGA